AUGAACUUGGCUCUAAAGAAGUUACAACCAAGGUGCAUGGCAUCGUCAUUUCUAAUAAAUUUACCUGAAGCUAUGAUUCAUUCUUCAUUGAAACCGUAUCCGACUAAUUCGAGUAGUAAUACAAUAGCGAGCACUUUACGCACUUCGAAAACAUGGGUUCUACCAGCACGUCCGAAGCCUGGCCGCCGUGCUGGACAGUACGUGCACAAGGAACACACUGUUGAUGAGAUCUCACCAGAGGCGAACCGAAAGGUUCGCAACAGAGAGGCACAAAGGGCCUUCCGGGAACGACAAUCUAGUCAACUGCAAGAAUUACAAAACCGCGUUCUGAAACUAAGCCAAAAAUGCGAUGUAUACAAAAGGGAACUUGAAAAACAGCAAGAAAUCGUAAAAGAACUUCUACAAGAGAAAGAGGGUCUAGAGGAAAAGGUAACGGACCUUGAAAAGUCGAGGCAGGCUGGCCGGUUGCGGCCAGAACACGAAAUCCGAUCUUCAAAAUUUGUCGGAAAAUGUGACAUGUGCACUCAAGAACUAUGCAUCUGUGGCGAAGUGGAAAUAGCAACCAAUCUCUUGACACCGGAUCUUCAACAUCACAUUGAUACAUUCAAGCCGAUGAGCGCGGUUCCUUUGCCACGUCUCCGUAGUAAGCGUCCAAGACUGGAGAUCGCUGGAAAUCUUCCCGUUUUCAAGAGGUCAAAGUUGCGUAGAAGCCAACAGGUGCAGGGUCAAAGCGAUUCCAGUACAAACCAGGAUGAACGCUUGGGCCUUGAGGUAGGUGAUCAGGGCUGUGGUUUCUGUUCCGAAAGCUCAACGUGCCUGUGCAAAGAAUUAGAGACCCAGUCGAUGGCGAGGGAAGCUAUUUCUCAAUAA